GCUCUAUUCGUUUUCUUAUGGCCGCGGAAGUCUCCUGCCUUAGCCAUGCUUUGCAACUCCAUGCUCUGAUCCUCAAGACCGGCGGCGACCACCGCCAUCCCCACUCCUCCCUCGCAUUCUCCCACCCCGGCCGCUCCUCCGCCACCGUCAAUGCCGUCGUCCGAUGUUACGCUCGGUCCGCCCGCCCGCGGGAAGCACUCCUUUUUUUCUACUUCCACCUCCAGCGGUCCGGCCCCACCCCGGACCCCUUCGCCCUCGCACUCCUCCUCUCCUCGUGCGCCCGCCUCCGGGUCGCAUACGAGGGCCGCCAGCUCCAUGCCCUAUCCCUCAAGCGCGGCUUCUCCUCCAACCGUCGCGUGCAGAACUCACUCAUCCACAUGUACUCUGCCUGCGGCUCCCUCGACCACGCCGCCCAGGUGUUCGAUAGGGUGCCCGAGAGAGACGUCGUCUCUUGGACUUCCAUGAUCAACGGAGCGGUCGAGGCGAACCGACCGCUUCACGCGCUCCACUUGUUCGACUCCAUGCAGAGGCAUGGAGUCGAACCAAAUGACGCGACGAUCGUAGCUGUGCUCAGAGCCUGUGCGGAAGCAGGAGCUCUGGGCCUCGGCCGUCGGGUGCAUGAGAUGGCUGUACGGGCAAGGCUUGAUUCUAAGGCUAAGGUCGCAACGUCCUUGAUAGACAUGUACACCAAAUGUGGCUGCAUUUCCAGUGCCGAGAGGCUGUUUGAGAAAAUGCCAAACAGGGAUCUGUUCGCAUGGACAGCCAUGCUUUUUGGCCUUGCAAAUCAUGGGAGGUGUGAGGAUGCUCUGAGACUGUUUUACCAGAUGUUGGAAGAUGGAGUGAGGCCUAAUGAUAGGACGAUAACAGCUGUGCUUAGCGCUUGCCGUAAUGCUGGAAAGGUUGCAGAGGGAUACCGUAUCUAUAAUUACAUGCACCGCUAUGGGUUGAGGCCGAGGAUUCAGCAUUAUGGGUGCAUGGUUGAUCUACUUGCCCGGGCUGGGCAUUUGGAUGAAGCAGAAGGAUUUCUUCGAAGGAUACCGAUAGAACCUGAUGGUAUCAUGUGGAGGACUCUGAUCUGGGCCUCAAAGUUACAUGGAAAAUUUAACCAUGCUGAGCGUUUCAUGAAUGAAUGGAAGGUGCUUGAAAAGAAUUCCACAAAAAGUGAAAAUUUUGUGCUGAUUGGCAACAUGUAUGCAUCUAUUGGGAAGUGGGAGGACAAGGCAAAAGUUAGGGAGCUAAUGCUUGCCAGAAGAAUUAACAAAGUACCUGGUUAUAGUAGGAUAGAAGUUAAUGGCAUAAUCCAUGAGUUUGAGGCUGGUGAUAGUGGGCACCCUGAAGCAAAGAGGAUAUAUGAGAAAAUUAACGAGAUGACAGAGAAUCUGAGGUUAGAAGGUUUCACUCCGAAAGCAUCAGAGGUGUUGCUUGACAUGGAAGAUGAUGAAAAAAUUCUACAACUGCAUCAUCAUAGUGAGAGACUCGCAGUGGCAUUUGGGUUGAUCAGCACUAACCCAGGGGAGAAAAUCCUGGUCGUCAAGAACUUAAGGUCUUGUGAGGAUUGCCACACUGCAAUGAAGCUCAUAUCUAAGGUCUAUGAUCGAGAAAUAACCAUUAGGGAUAGAAUCAGGUUCCACCACUUUGUCAAUGGUGCUUGUUCUUGCAAGGAUUACUGGUAAAAAGAAUGGUAUGCUUCAGUGAAAUUUCACAUCCACAGUGGCCAAAUGGUUGACUAGACUAUAACUCAGUUGACUGAGAGCUAAAAAAAUUAUGAAUUAAGAACCUUUUCAGCUUUUGUAGGUUCUGCAAUAUCCUGAAAAUUGGUUUUCAAUGCCCAACUGCACGGUAUAACUGUUUUUCCCCCUGAUGCACUCUGCUGUGUUGAAAUUGUCUAGUGUAUACAAUCUGCCUAGGUAGAAGGAUCAUGAACUAAUUUUCCAUCAGUAAGAGUAUUCGAGAUCAUGAUGCCAUGAAAUUGGCUUCAAUAUCAGAUCACUGCAAUUUCACAUAUAUGAGCAUCACAUGGCAUAUUUUGGUUUAUUAAUUAUUAGCAAUUAUUUGUAGUACACUAACAUAAACAGUUCGUAUUCUAGAACACCAUGCAAAUCUUAGCUUAUAGCCUAACAGUUCAUGCAAACACUAGAAUCUUGACAGCCCAAAAAUUUUCUUGCAUGAGCUCCAAUUUGGGUGGUGAACCUUUUAAAGAUAUGUGACUCACUCCACGGUUCUGUAAAGGAAGCAUAUCCAGUUGCAUUCUUAUUUGUGUACCUUCAGCAAAUGAUUACAUGAUUCAUAGGUAAACAAAGAUUAAUGUGUCAAUAAUUUCUGAAGUUCUAACUUAGAGUCACCAAACUUACAUCUCUAGUUGAUUAACCUCAUAUAAAAGCUAUGACAAGAUGAUCAUCAAUUAUUUGUGCUGGUAUCAUAUUUAUUGGCAGGGACCAUUUUAAU